AUGUCGCAUUGCGUUUUUUACUCAGCAUGCGUUGUCAAGGCCUUCGAACACCUCCACGAACGCCGUAUCUUGUAUCGGGAUUUGAAUUAUGACGAUCAGUUUGGAUUUUUGUAACCCAUGCUUCUCUAGUACGACGGAAAAUAGACAAGCGUAUAAACAACUACUUACCCUUCUUAAGAACAGCGAACUAGGUCUCAGUAUUCUCUUUUCUCGUCGCUUCCUUCCCCUUCAUACUCUACCGGAGAACCUGCUCUUGGAUCCCAAGGGAUGGUUGAAGAUUACGGAUAUGGGUUUGGCCAAAUUUACGGUGUCUCGUACCUACACUACCUGUGGAACCCCAGACUAUUUUGCGCCGGAGAUUGUCCGCAGCACUGGACAUACACAUGCAGUGGACUGGUGGACUCUGGGCAUCUUGGUAGUUAUACAUAGUUAUAAUCGGUUACUUUUUUAAUAUUUUGUGCUUGUGCAACCAACAAGGAAGAAGGAAAAUAGAAUACCAAUGUAGAAGACGUCAAAGAGAUUCUUUACUCGCUCCUGUACAAUACCCCGCAGAUCUACGAACUCCUCACGGGCGCACCGCCAUUUGAGGGCCAUCCUAUGGAGCGAUACAAGAAGAUCCUGAAUGGUGUCGCGAAAGCCCCGUUUCCGUCCAAGGUUUUUACGCCUCACGCACAAAACCUGGUGCUCAGCUUGUGCGCGCAAGAUCCGUCAGAGCGAUUGCCCGUACGGCCAGGCGGCGUCGUGCAGAACUUGUACUUAAUAUUCGUCAUCUAACUACCAUCUUCACGUGAUCAUUCUUAUUCACAAAUCUACUCCUCUACCACACGUUGACUUCUAGGUACCGCCAUCCCUUCUGCAAAAUGUACUCCUCUACCACACCACACCACUCUCUGCUUACCACACGCUAGGUACACCCACCCCUUCUACGACUUCGAGAAGUGGAGCAAGCUGUCUGCGAAAAAACUGCAGCCACCGUAUGUGCCGAACCCGAAGACGAAACUGGAGAUGUUCAAGAACGUCGCUGAACCGGGUGAAGUGGCUACCUAUCCAUACGUCGAUCCAGGUACUGGAUGGGAUGCGGAUUUCUAGAUGAGUUUAGACUCUAGAGACGUAGACUAAGUAGCUACAGCUAGACUACUUUUCUAGUAAGAUCACGAAGAAGAAAAGAGGUUUUUGAUUCAUACAUUGAGGAGUUGAGUCUAAUUAUUAUUUGACACACUGUUGGAACUGUAUCAUCCCGCUGGUGGGCUAGGAGGACUACUGGGGAUGCGAAUGAAUGAAUUAUUGAGAGUUAUGUAGUUGCUAAGCGCUUCUACUUCUAUUUGUUUUCUCGACGAGAAUCUCAAAUACCAGAUUGUUCUACUUAGAAUGUGAAGGCACAUACUUACAAUAGUACAGAUUGUUGGACACGCGUCUGGUAGCCUACGCUGAGGCUUCGCUAAAUGAUACUCAUGAUAAACAUUUACUCAGCUAGGCAUAAUCCUACUGUCGGGAAAAGAGCAGUCGUGAGAGGAGAGUAAACUGUAAAAUAUGGUGUGCCUACUCUUAGAAAUAAGUUACUAAAGGCGAUGAAGAUAUAAAAACUUGUCAGGUAGAUAGAACAGCUGUGCAAGAUCCAUGACCUACCCAUAAGCUUAUGCGGUCUGCGUUGGUUUGAUCUAUGAUCAUUCACGUGUAAUCUCUUUUUGUGCAAAUCAAUGUGACCUAUUUCCAUAUAGACGAGAUUAGGAUUUUUCGUUUGGGGUGAUGCGUGUAGUCCCAAUAGUACUCAGCGACGACAGUCGAAGUUUUUUGUCAGCUUUUUUUCUCGGUCCAUAGUGACAGAUGGUAAGGGCGCUCGCGAGCGCGACACGUGCGAGGUGGUAGGGGCGCGCGCGAACAUAGUAAUAAUAAUCUGGGUAAUACUCACCUUCUAAGUUGCAGCUGUAGGCAUUCAUAAUUCAGUUUCUUUCAGUUUCGCUCUCGCACUUGUCAGUACUACUACACUAGUUGAACAUCGACAGAUGGACGAAGGACGUUUCACAUUCACAGAUAGAAGAAAGAUACCCGUUCGUGUCUAAAGUUUUCCAAGAAGUAGGAAUCAUUUGACAUAUUUAAUCAUGAUUGCUGAGGAUGAUUUUGCCGAAAAGCAUUGUCGGGCACGGGGGCACAGGGGCUGUGUAAAAAGGUUGUUUUUGGCUUCAACAUAAGGCUGAUAUGUAUUUCCAGCUACUAUCAUAGUUAGUACCUUCUUUUUGAGAGCAUUCCGCGAUUCUCACUUCGCUGCACAGGAUUGCGCACGUGACGGUACUACACUAAACGAACAUAGAUGAAGCUCCAAGCAGUAUCAUAUGAGUAAAUUCGUGUCUCACUACAUACAACUUUCUUAUAGAGAGAUAACAUUGAAUAUCAGUAUUAAAUUGUUUCGGAGGGGGGGUUGGUAGUUUUUUUUUCGAGGUGGUAUAGUGAUUUUUGAUGGCCUUCUCGAUGAGCGGCAUCAGAGAUCGGUGUACUGGGAGCGAAAGUAGGGUUUAAUAGCAGUCAGGGACUGCGGAUUGAAGACAGGUUUGAACAGAAAUGAAGAAGAAGAAUAACACAGAAGACGAGUGCACCAACAUAUCUAGCUGAUACAUGAUUUACUACAGCUGUGUUGUGCUUUUGCGGGAAAGAAUCUCGCCACAAGAGCACACCGGAAUGAAUCUGGUAGUGGACGACUUGGUAGGUUGGAACACAUGACUCCAUCGAAUUAAUCCUAAUGUAAUUCUCCACAAUCCCGUGCAUUGUGCGCGUGGCUGAACGUAGAAAAAAAAACUACAAAAAGUGGCUGCGUCGGGGAACCCCUGAAUCAUGAAUCGGAAGAAAAAUACUUUCGAUUGAACUUCCUUGAAGAUGCUCGUGAAGUUUGAGCGAGGAAUCAAAAUGAAAUUCCCACGAUAGUAAAGAGACUUCGGGAAAAGGAAUAGUGAAUGAAACUUGGCAUUCCCGAAGCCUCUGUGCUACGAGCGGAUGGUGAAUUAUUAGUAGAAAAGAGCGGAUGUUGGCGAAGUAGAGUGCCGGGUCGGCGCAUCAUCGUCCUAUGCUAACUGAUUUCGCAUCAAAAUGAAAUUCCCACGAUAGUACUACAGUAGUACAGUCAUGAACGUAGAAAAGAAUGGAUGGUGAAGUAGAGUGCCUUGCAGCAAGAAAAGGUGAUUCUAUCUUGGGUGGUGAUUUUUGCGCCAGGUACUACGAUC